GUCAGUGCCCAACUUGCACCCACAAAGGUCCUGGACUGGAGAUCUGGGUAGGCUCAGAUAUAUGUUCAAGAUUAUACUGAAUUGCUCUUGUCAAGUAUUUAUAAGGCAUCUGGUGAUGGCAUUUUGUGGUUACAAGCUGUCAUUGUGUGUGCUGCUGAUCAGUGUGUGGGGACUGUUCCAGCUGCUCAUCAUGGGAGUGUUCUUCUACACUGAGACUCCCGCCUUUCUAGAGGACCUGCCCCUGGAGGGACUGUAUGAUAAUGCUGGAAAAUACAUGAACGAAGUCCAUCGAGGCUUCAAGUCCAAUGCCUUCAACUGCCUCAUUGCUGCCUGCCUCUACAUCAUCACCCUCGGUGUUUCCGGGUGGCAAUUCUAUCUGAAUCAGAAGACGACAUAUCAGGUGUAAAAAAGAAAAUAUAUAUAGUUAUUUAGUGUAAAUUGGAUGAUUGUUUCAACGUCGCUUACCCAUCAGGUGUAUAUGGAGUGUUAUUUACAGCUGUACGAGUGUAUGAUUAAUUAGUAUUUUUAUUAAACUUCACAAAAAAUAUGGUAUUUGUAGGUGAACGAAUAAAAGUUUUGUCUAUAUUGUCACUUGUAAAUGUAGAAGGGAUGUUUAUGGCGAGAGGACUGUAACUUAAAUUUAGUGUUGACGUAUAUGAAAAUGAUGUGCUUCAAUAUAAUUAGCGGAAGAAGAAAAGGAAAAAAAAAAAAACAAGGGCAACGCCUGGUGUCGGGCUCGACACAACACAUGAAACGCAAAGAAAGGUUUCUUUUUUUAGUCUAUUUUUUGUCCUUUAAGAAAUCUUGUGAAUCUUAACUAAGCAUGUAAAGUUGAUUAUAAUUUCUCUAAAAUGUUAGCCCCUGUACUCCUAGUUUUAAAUGAGCAUGUACAUUAUAAUUUAAAUGUGAUAUAAACUUAAACUUAUCCGUUUUAUUAAUUGAAAUACUGUAUGCAAACUAUUUCCAGUUAGUUACUUGUUUAUAAAGAAGUAAAACUUAAAUACUACC